CUCAGCCUGCCUAUCGAACUAUUUGCGCUCCAUUUUUUUGAGAUUCGGAAAUACUCCAAAAAUAUCAUAGUUUUUAAAACAAAUGGAAUUCAAUCAGCAUGUGGAUGCCGUAAUGUCCACAUUUGUGGACAAUACCAAGUUCUUCAGGGAAAUGGCCGAUGCCAUGUCCGAGUUCAGUGACGACGGGGAGAUCCAAAAACUGCUGGAUGCAAGCGCCCAGCAGCGCGUGGAGCACGCGGAGAACCUCAUCCGGCUGAAGAGCAAGCACCAGUCACUCAGCCAGGAGAUGCAGAAGGCCCAAGGCGAGAGCGCCACCAUCGAGGAGUUCGAGAGGAUCUGGCAGGAGCGCAGCGAGGCGGUGGAGAGGAAGCGGAUCAAUGUCAAGAACAUAGCCGACUUCAAGAACUUUAAGCGCACCGUGGAGUCGGCAGCGGCCCCGGGGUCUGCGCAGAAUGGCCAGGCCAAUGGUGCUGCCCGGGCUGACGACGACGACGAUCUCAUCAUCGAGGGUGUCGAGGACACCGGCGGCGAGAUCUUCUCGCUCUACGAUCCCUGGUCCAAGGCCCUGAUGAAGAACCCCGUGCGGAACAGGAUGUGCGGCCACAUCUACGACCGCGAUUCGGUGAUGCUGAUCAUCAAGGACAACAUCGGCAUUCGGUGUCCGGUGCUCGGCUGUGCCAACAAGACCUAUAUCCAGCCGGCGCACCUGGUCGAGGACGCCAACGUUCGGCGGAAGGUGCGACAGCAGAUGGCCGAAGAGGCUGAGACGGAGGAGGGCAGCUCGGAGGAGGAAGAUGAGGAUUGAGCCGGAAUCUGUGAUUCCCAAAGCCUAAUAUUAAGAUGCACAAGUAUUUGUGAAGGAAAUCUUAUCUGUUUCCAUUCCAGUCAACGAUUAUUUCUAAUCGUAACCAUGAAUAAGAAUUUCUACAAUUCAAGGAUCUUAAGUUUCAUACAAAUUCCAUAAAAAUACAGUUUAAAGAUAAA